ACACUAUCAGGCAGCAAUAGUUUCACCUAACAAGGAUUAUAAUUUUCAAUAUAAAAAAACAAAAAAACAUAUCAUUUACAAAAGGAAGCAAUCGCUUCUCUUAAGAAAAGGCAAUAUAGUUAAAGCUGUCGUUGGUAAGAGAGAGAAGGUAAAGCUAGAGUGAGAAAAUGGCUUUGUCCUCUCCUUUUUUCUGCCCAUUUGGUACCGUUGUGGGAUGGAGCCUCCUACCGGGGGGGGGGGGGGUCAUCUCAGAUCUGAAACCGCCGAACAAAUUGCCAGCGACGACAACCACUCAACCGAAUAAGGAGGCCAAGGCGACAACGAGCGAUGGGUUCACAGGAGAAGAAAGCAUGGAUUUCGCAGUGGUUACGACAAGGAGUGAAGAUACUGAAGUGGCUAUGGGAGAAUCUGAUCUAGAGUUACUGAUGACCAGUCCAAGGGAGGAGAUUCCUUCGGUGCAGACUGCAAGAGUGUCCUACAAAGACUCUGUCCUUGGGAACGGACCUGCACCGGAGAUCCCGAUGGAGACGAGUUGAUGUCGGAUGAAUCUGACGAUGAAGAUGUUGACUAUGAUCCCCUCUACACUACUAUUCGGAUUAAGAAAAGCAUAGAUGCUAGGGUUCGAUAUCGAUGGAGCAAAACAAUUAUAUUCAGAAUCUUGGGGAAAAGCCUCCCUUUGGUUUUCAUCCACAAGAGAGUGCACAAGAUGUGGGCUAAAACCGGGUCGGUGGAGAUCGAUGAUAUCGGGAAUGGAUAUUAUUAGGUCAUCUUUGGGUCUCAACUGGACUACAACCGUGCUUUCUAUGGAGGACCAUGUACGGUGGACCAGCAAUACAUAGUCCGAGCCGUGGAGAUUGGAUUUCGACCCGAAUUUUGACGUUAUCAACAACACUAUGGUUUGGGUUCUUCUUUUGCGAUUACCAAUGGCAUACUUUGACGGAGAAAUUUUGACGAGCAUUAGAAGUAGACUAGGGAUAGUGGUCAAGAUCGAUUACAACACAUUGAAUGGCUUCAAGGGAAAUUACGCACGUAUUUGUGUGGAAAUUGAUCUCAGAAAGCAGCUGGUCCUGAAAUACAGAUUGACGCGGGAGUUAGGAGGGUUUCAUAUGAGGGAUAGGAUAUGGUGUGCUAUGAUUGUGGCCAUUAUGGGCAUCUGAAAGAAAAUGCCCCCGAGCGGAGGAGAUGGCAAAUGCAACACUGAAGCAAGAAUAAGAGAGGAGGAGCAACAAGUCCUCCAACAGGAGAUUCGCCCUGAGGUUGUUGAAGAUUCCGGGCCAUGGAUGCUUGCAACAAGCACUAGAAGGGAGAAAAAACAGACAGUGGGUGGCAGUGACAAAAACUGAACAAGCAAUCCCAGAACUAAAAUAGGAAGAGUUAC